UUGCGCCUUUUUUCUUUGCAGAUUCCAUCGUUUUUCAAGCGAGACCUCGAACUUGAACGCGUACGAUGUAAAUACCAGAGCACCAAAAGUGAAAAAUCGAUAUUAUUCUUCUCGCGAGGUGCGAAAAUGUCUUCGGAAAGUGUUAACGCGUUGAUUGGCGAGCUGGUGCAGACGUUGGCUCGCGAUACGAGUGGUAAGACUUCCGAAACGGCGCUAAAACGGUGCAAAUCCGUAGCAUUUGGGAUUUUGCUGGGGAAGCGUUCGGCCGUCGGAAAUGGCGAUAGUGCGCUGGAACGGCGGCUCAUUGAGGAGGAACCGAUCGAAAUGCUGCACUGUCAGCUGUUCCACAUGCAGCUAAGAGCGCGGUACAGGUUCCAGAAGCGCCGCUGUGAGCGGUUCCAGUUGCUACUGGACGAGUUGGAGAUGGACGGAGCAAGUGCACGGAAGGAGUUGUUGGAGCGGAAGGAAGUCUUGCAGUUUAUGCUGAUGCUUAGGGACUCGGUUCCUGAUGGUUGGGAUCGAGGCGAAGAGAUCGGUUCCCUCCCGGGAGACAUGAUGCCAUCGACGCAGCUGGGUCCGUAUCCGAUCUUUCAACCGGAGGACUUCCGUGCGGAACCGCCCAGUAUCGACAGCGGCCAAAGAGGGGGAAAGUCUUCCAAUCCGUACUGUUUGAAGCCUGCCCGGAUGGUCUUUUCGGAGAAUAUAUGCAACUUGUUGGAGAAGACGGAUGAAAGAGCUUCCAAGAAGGGACCAAAUUUGCCACCCCAGGUUGAAACGAGCUAUUUUAGCGACCCGAUGGCGGAGCUGGACGGCUAUCAAGGGCCGUUUCGGUACAAUAUGAUGAAGGGAGUGGAUCUGGAAGACGAUGAGCAGUUGCUGACCAGUUUUGAGAUCAUUCCGGUUGAGGGUGAACCGAGGAAGGUGUCGGCAUCAGCGGGAUCAGCAGUGCCGGUCAGUGUUCCUAGGGAGCAGAUCUUCAAUUUCAAUUGGGAAAACUUGGGAAAUAGACUCGUUCCGGUGGAACGUCCGUUUGCGUCCGAGUGUGACUCGGUUCUGCGUUUGAAAUCGCUAAAAACGACGCGCUUCCAGAAGCUGGAUGAAAUUCGGAUAGUACGGAAUGAGGACUUCCUGCAUGACGUCAAGUUCCUGAUUACCGGAUUCAGUUCCCGGUGCUUCGAGUACGAUGGAGACAAUCGAUUUCGGAUGGUGGGGAAUUUCACGGUCGAUGGGGUUUCUCCGGUAACGAUCCGAGCUGUGGUGGACCAGUUUCUAGAGCUGGGAACCUGCUUCCGACGGUUGCACAAGAUGACUAAGAAGAAUCCCUACAACUAUGCAAUGAUUCUGGAUGGAUUCGUGUUCAAAGCGUUUUGCGACUGCGUAGAACGGAUCCUGAGUUGCUUCCGGGUCGUGGUCACCUGUUACGAUGGGAAGUCGUUGCUGCAGUUGCAGCGGAAAACGGACCCGAUGAGGAAGCAAAUCUUAGCGUUGGCCAAAUUCUGCGGGAUACAUCCCAAUCACGAAAGCGAUAAGGACUUCCCCACCGGAUCGGUUUUCCUGGAUCACCUCUACAAGGAGAUCAUUCACAUCACCAGCUCGGAUAUUUCGACCUUCCUCCUGCACAUCCUGAAGCACUGUUGCAACGCGUAUUUCCUACUGUUUCAGCAGUGGCUUUUCGGUGGUCAGCUGGGUGAUUCCAGCGGAGAGUUGUUCAUCUACUUUGUGGAUCACUACCGGCCCAGGACGAAACACUUUUUCGACAAGGCUUUCCUGAUUCGACGCCAGGCGGUGCCGGGGUUCCUGAAGGGGUUCGAGGAGGAUAUAUUGCUAUGCGGGAAGUACACCAUGCUGCUGAAGGCGUUCCGGAAAUCGCACCCCAUCUUCUCGCUGAAGAUCCCCAAGCUGGAGGUGUGCCUGUCCUACCCGGCCGUCGAUCGCCUGAAAGCCCGCUGGCUUCACUAUGUGGCCAAGGCGCGCAACGUUUGCGGCCCGUCGCUCUCGGUUCGGGAGCUGUACGAACGCAAGGAACGCGACCGGGAGGAGUUCCUACGCCAGGUGGAGGCCAACUUCCGGCGCAGCAUGGACCAGUGGCGCCAGGAUCAGGACGCCGAAGCGCUCGAGCUCCGUCGCAAGAAGGAACGCCAGAUGGAGGAACUGCUGGAGCAGUUGAACGAGAUUCGGGAGAGCAAACUGGCGGCCAAGAGGCAGGAGGUUGAGCUGGAUCAAAGGUAUCAGCAAGAGGGUCUGGAGUUUGAGAACAGAAGGUUGAUGGCGGAGAACUUGGAGCGGGAGAAGGCCGUGGAGGGGUAUAGGGAGUUAAAUCGGAUGAUGGAUGAGAAGGUGGAGAGGGCGGAGAGAGAGGUGGAGAGAUUGAAGGUUCAAUUGUCGGGUGUUGGAUCUGGUGGGGACAGUAGCGAUUUUGAGUCUUGCGUGGGAAGCGUAACGGAGGAUGAUGCGGGGUCAGUGUAUGAGGAUGCGCAGAAGAGUCCGGUAAGUGACAAAAGUGAAGAUCGAACGGUGUUGGAGAAUGUUAAGGAGAUUACGGAGAGCGAUGUGGUGAAUAGCAAUGAUGUGAUCAGUGAGAGUGAGCAGAACAGGAAGCGAAUUUUGGGGUCGAAUUUGGGCGAGUACUUGGCGGAAGAUCACGCGAAUGCGAAUGUGGAGGCGAUCAAAGAGACGGCAGCGGGUGGUCUACGGCAGUUGACCGAAGCGCAGCGAAACAAGAGGAAAAUCAUGACGGAAGAGUUUGGUUUGCGAGGAGAGGAAACAGCGGUUGGAGUGGAUGUCAACAGUAAUCAAACAGAGGAACGUCAUCGGAAUCGACAGCGGAUAUUGAUAAGCGAUUACACAAGUCGAGCGGAGGAGGACAAGGUGAAAGCGAGUGGUGAACUGACGGAAUUGCAGAAGAAUCGUAUCAAGAUAAUGAGCCAGGAGUACAACGUGGUGGUUGAUGAUCAUGAUCGUGGCUCUAAAAAAGACAGGAAACCUGAGAUGUUUCUGAAUUUGGAAACGGAUCGUGCGAAGAAUCGACGUCGGAUUUUAGAGUGUGAGUUCAACAUUGUGACGGGAGCGCAGAAUUUCGUGGAUACGCCCAUGUCGGUGGAUAGCGAUACGAUCAGCGAGGAUAUCCAGGUGCCGAUGAUCGUGAUCAACGAUGUUCCACAGGACGUGAACGCAAAUCCGAUCGUAGGAGAUGAUGGAAGAUUAAAGUUGGAUACGACGGCAGCGCAAGAGAAGUUUAACGAGAGUCGAUUUGGCGUUCCGGACACUGCGACAUUGGAGCAGGUAACUCCGGACAGUGGAUUGAUUUCCGCGGGAUUGCAAGCGAAGCAAGGUUUCGAGUUUCCUUUGGUGCGGGAGGGUAGCUCAGAUUUGGAAACAAGAUCGGUGACGAGUUACGAGGAUGAUGAAAUCUACCGGGAGUUUGUCGAGGCAAUGGAGAAACGUAACUUGAAUCUCUGCGAGCUGCCAAGCAUGACGGAUGAUCUCAGUAGUGUGACGGAGGUUAAGGAAGCGGGUUCUGAACUGCGGAGCCUUGAUGUUCUGACGGUGACGAGAUUCCUGCAGAGUUCGUUGGUCAUUCCUUUGAAGGCGCACAUGGAAGUGGUGAACAGUGAGAUUCUGAAGAUGUGCUUGAACGAUCUGGACAUCCUGGGUCACUUCGAGAGUCUGAGGAAUUAUUUCCUGUUGAUGGAUGGAGAGUUCUCCUGCUAUGUCUGCGACAACAUUUUCAAGAUAUUGGAGGAAGUCAGAAGUCCCGAUGAGCUGUUGAAUUACCAGACUCUUCAUACGAUCUUGGACUCGGCUUUGUGUUCCAGUGCUGCCGGAGCGGACAAAAACGCAGAUAGGUUAUCGUUUAACGUGGAGUUGAUUCCCGAACGCUUCGAUCUCUACCACCCGAACGUAGUCAGCAUGCUGAAUCUGAGCUAUCGAGUGGAGUGGCCGCUGAACCUGAUUCUGAAUCCGGAAACUAUCGAACAAUACACCAACAUCUUCAAAUAUCUGGUCAAGGUUCGAAGAGUCAGCUUCGUACUUGGAAAGUCGUUCCAACUCCUCAGGGAAGCACACAAACAGUUCGGAAAACAGAUGUUACUCUCCCCGCAGUACAGCCGGGUUCAGCUGAUCUCGCACAAGUUGUCCCAUCUGGUGAACGCCUUGAAGAACUACAUCACGAGCAGUGCUCUACUGGCAUCCUGGGAAACUUUUCGCAAGGAUCUGGAAUCAGCUGAAUCUAUGGAAGAUCUCUAUCGUAAGCAUACCAGCUACAUCAAAAGGAUUCUGUUUCUUUGUUUGCUGAACAAGCGAAGUGUUGAGUUUUACAACAAUGUGGAGGAUAUCUUCAAGGUCGUUCUGCGGUUCUACAAGCACCUGAAGUCGAAACCGUGGCGACCACAAGACAAAUCAAACCCCAGCUCAGUCUACGUGCACCCGAAAUACGUCCAGAUGUUGGACGACGAAAGCGACUUCGAGAAACUGAUCAAGUUCACGAUCUACUUGGGAAACAAGAUGUACGAUCAUGGCUACCAGAAGGAGAUCUACGAGUUUAUCAGCGUGAUCAACAUCAACGGUUACUAUGGGCCCGUGGAGGGGCAGUAAUUGUCUUGUCUGCCGGUGUGUCCGCAUGUGCAUGACACACAUCAAGUUCCUUAGCUUCCUGCUGAUCGGUAAGUGAUGCUCUCUAAUCUGUAUUGAUCUUUUCGCUCCUACUCGAAUCGAGUGCUUUCCGAUAAGAUAAACAGUGGCACUAAUUGAAUCCACCUAUGUUUAUAGUAAAUACCAUUGUUGUUACAUACUGAUAGCGAUAAGCAAAGUUGUU